AUGCUUUCUGCACCACCGCCCUACCCGACAGUAUCCAGCCAAAACCCAGCGCCCGAUGAUGCGCAGAUUGAAGGACGACCGCCGGAAAUCUGUGUUGACUACUUGAGCCAUAAUUGGAAAGAUGAAGAUGUGUGGAAGAGUUGGAAGGCUAUGACGAAACAUAAAAAUGAGAUAUCAAACGGUCUGCGUCUUGAAAAUGCGAGCUGGCGUACGUGGGCGAAACAACGCGGGAAUCUCAAAACUGUGAGCCCAGAGACAUUGAAUUGGCUGAAAGAAAGCGAUGUAACGUGGCUUUAUGGACCCUUGCAUGGCGAGGCCAAAGCUGUGCCACCGGCCAAAGUGGCAAGCACUGCGGAGAGACUCGGCAUCGAUGUUUCCACCAAGAAAAAAUCUAUUUUAAAGCAUCGCACGCUCACUGAGAUCUUGCAAACGCCCACGAAUGUAUCUCCUCCCAAGAAGUCAGAGUCUGAGUCGCCAUCACGGAAGUCUGAUCAGCAUCAAGGGAUGGUCAGGGCGAAUCCAGCACCAUCGCAUGUGCGCAACAAGACGCUGAAGCUGGGUUCCUUCAAGUCGAAUCCAUCUCAUCAGCCAGCAAAAAAAGAGCGCCACAUCAGUUUCAACACUGUUGUGUCGCAAUGCAUUGCACUUGACGAUGAUACAUCCGACAUGUACAACUUUGAUGAUGACUACUCAGAUACAGACGAUGAAAAGUAUGACGAGAAUGAUUGUAAGACCUCUGACAGCCGAAUAGCCCAGUGCCUUUCUUCCCCGAAACGCGCCGGGUGCCAUGCCACGAUAGCCUUGAUGCCACCAACACACUUGAAAAUGGGGCAUGAAGUUUCGUCAGGCUCAGAUCCAGAGGAUUCAAUAGAGGGCGGUCUUGAUGGUCAUGCCACAAACGAACAUGAUGCUCGCUACUCUGUCGCUGAUCCAUUUCUCGCCGCACAUGACCACAAUAUCGUUCAGGACGAUGGCUAUGAUUAUUACGACUCCGACGAGGACUACGAGCUUGAACAUGCUCCAAGCCUCGGGCCUGAUAGUGCCCAGAAUACCAAUGGUAGCCAAGGCACGUUUGAUUGA